AUGUACAACAGCAGCUCCAUCAGCCAUUUCCUCCUGCUGGCUUUGGCAGACACGCGGGAGCUGCAGCUCCUGCACUUCUGCCUCUUGCUGGGCAUCUCCCUGGCUGCCCUCCUGGGCAACGGCCUCAUCAUCAGCGCCGUAGCCUGUGGCCACCACCUGCACACGCCCAUGUUCUUCUUCCUGCUCAACCUGGCCCUCAGCGACCUGGGCUCGAUCUGCACCACUGUCCCCAAAGCCAUGCACAAUUCCUUCUGGGACACCAGGGCCAUCUCCUACUCAGGAUGUGCAGCUCAGCUCUUUUUCUUUAUGUUCUUCAUCUCAGCAGAAUUUUGCUUCCUGACCAUCAUGUGCUAUGACCGCUACGUGUCCAUCUGCAAACCCCUGCACUACGGGACCCUCCUGGGCAGCAGAGCUUGUGCCCACAUGGCAGUAGCUGCCUGGGCCAGUGGCUUCCUCUAUGCUCUGCUUCACACAGCCAAUACAUUUUCCCUGCCCUUGUGCCGAGGCAAUGCCCUUGGACAGUUCUUCUGUGAAAUCCCACAGAUCCUCAAGCUAUCCUGCUCCAUAUCCUAUGUCAGGGAAGUUGGGCUCAUUGCCCUUAGUGUGUGUUUAGCAUUAGGCUGUUUUGUGUUCAUUGUUUUCUCAUAUGUGCAGAUUUUCAGGGUUGUGCUGAGGAUCCCCUCUGAGCAGGGACGGCACAAAGCCUUUUCCACCUGCCUCCCUCACCUGGCUGUGGUCUCUCUGUUCCUCAGCACUGGCACAUUUGCUCACCUGAAGCCCUCUUCCAUCUCCUCCCCAACCAUAGAUUUGUCAGUGUCAGUUCUUUACUCAGUGGUGACUCCAACCCUGAACCCCCUCAUCUACAGCCUGAGGAACCAGGAGCUCAAAGCUGCAGUGUGGAGACUAUUUGCGGGGUGCACAAGCCUGACCAACCUCAUAGCCUCCCGGCACUUCUCCUGGCCCAAUAAAGCUUGUGCUUCGAUGGAAUACAACAGGACAAGCCAGCUGGGUAGCAGCGCUGAUAACUUCCUCAUCCCCCUUUUCCAUAGCUUCUCUGGCAAGCGCAGCCCAGGCCAACCUCCGCUCCCUUGCAAUAGCCCCCGCUAG